AUGGUUGAGUCUCAGGAGAGCGUGGACGCCAGCACAAGGGACAUUCAUUACCCUAAAGAUGAACCUGUCUGCUCUGAGGAUGACCUUGUUCAGACUGCACAAGAAAUAACAGAGAAUGAAUCUCCAGAGAAUGAAGCUCUGGAGAAUGAAACUCUUUUUCCCACGUACAUCACAGACAGGAUAUUUUUUAUUGAUUUGGCCAAUAAGCAACUGCAAACCAUUUCACCAGAGGUCUUCAGUCUAGAGUGUCUGGAGGAGCUGCACAUAGAAAAGAACCUAAUUGUGAGCAUCCCAAGAGCCAUAAAUCGCCUGAGGAACAUGAAGGUUCUCUACUUGGAUCAGAAUCACAUACAGGACAUAUGUGAAGAACUGGGGGAGCUGAAACAUCUUCUGAGCUUAGAUUUAAGUAACAAUCCCCUGUCUUACAGUUCACUGCUGGUUAUCAGCAACUUGCAGUCCCUUCGUCAGCUCAGGCUCUACAAAACAAACUUGCAGGAAAUCCCAGUGCAGAUCUGCAAGUACCUCCAUCAUGUUGAACUGCUUGGCCUUUCUGAUAACAAUCUACAGUGUCUGCCUAAAGAAAUAGCGAACCUGACAAAACUCAAGGAAAUUUACCUCAAAAAAAAUAGAUUUGAAAUUUUCCCCAUUGAGGUUUGUCAAAUUGCUAAUUUAGAAAUAAUAGAUCUGGAAGAAAAUCUAAUCAGUCUCAUCCCACAAGAGGUAGGUUUGUUGACAAACUUAGUUAAGCUAUUUUUAGCUUUUAAUAAGUUAUCCUCCAUUCCUCCUACACUGCAAUACUGCCAGAAGCUGGCUGUGCUGGAUCUGUCUUACAAUCUCCUGCGCAAGCUUCCCCCAGGUUUGAAGAACCUUACAGAAAUGAUAGAUCUCAAAUUGUCUGGUAACAGCCUAGAGAAGUUCCCAUACCAGAUGCGCUGCUGGACAUCACUUUCCUGUGUUUAUCUGAGGAACACUGGACUGCAUGCAGUACCCAUCUCCUUCACCAGAUUAACCAGUGUCAGGGUACUAGAUCUGAGUGAAAAUUGCUUUGAGGAAAUUCCUAAAGGAAUAUGCACUAUGAAAAGCCUGGAAGUAUUGGCUCUGGAUGACAAUCAAAUACAGGAGAUUCCAGUGGAAAUGCAACAACUGACGAAUUUAAAAUGCCUUGGCCUGUCUGAAAACCAGUUCAGUAUCUUUCCAAUGGAAAUCUUUCUCCUGGAAUCAUUAGAGAGGUUAUACCUGGGACAAAAUAAAGGAAUUAAAUUCACAAGUCUGCCAAGAGACAUCAUCAAAUUGCAGAACCUGAAAGAACUGUAUAUGGAGAAUAACUGUCUGGAAUACCUGCCCCCAGAGGUCGGCUCAUUGACCCACUUGAAAAUACUUGACUGUCACAACAAUCUCCUUAAGGAGCUCCCAGAGUCUGUAUGCCAGAUACAAGGUUUGCAGAAACUGCUCCUUCAGAACAAUCAGCUGUCCCAGCUGCCCGAGGAUUUGGCCAGCCUGCAGAAGCUGGAGGUGGUCCUUGUGGAUGGGAACCCUAUGACAGACCCUCCGAUCGAAGUGUGCUGUCAGGGGACAUCUGCUAUCUUGGAGUACUUACGGGAACAAAAGCGUAAAAAAGUCAUGGUCGUGAAGGAAGAUCAGUUUGUAUCACCCAAUGGGCCAUGGAAUAAAUUAACUCAGAAAAAAGUAUGA